AGCGAUGGUGCCCCAUCUGGUGCCCAGGCAGCUGGUGCGGCUCUUCCGGUGGCAGGUGGUGUGCGCUCGGGGAGCCUCUGUGCAGCCCAGGACAUGGGCAUUGGCGUCCAGGAUCCCCAGCCUGCUCAGCCCUUGCGGGGCCACAGGCACCAGACACCUGGUCUGCAGAAGCAGCUCAUCCACAUCCCCCUGUGCCCCCGAGGUGGUGCUGACCCAGGAGCGCUACCCCGUGACGCGGCUGCCAUUCUCCGUGGUGUCUGAGGAAGACCUGGCAGCCUUUGAACGCAUCAUCCCCGGCAGGGUCGUCACAGACCCGGAGGUGCUGGAAGCUUCCAACGUGGACUGGCUGAGGACGGUCCGAGGUGGUGGCAAGGUGCUGCUGAGGCCCCGGACCUCCCAGGAGGUGGCUCACAUCCUCAGGUACUGUCAUGAGAGGAACCUGGCUGUGAACCCGCAGGGGGGAAACACGGGCAUGGUGGGGGGCAGCGUGCCCGUCUUUGAUGAGAUCAUCUUGUCCACCGCCCAGAUGAACCAGGUCAUCAGCUUCCACAGCGUGUCAGGGAUCCUGGUGUGCCAGGCGGGCUGUGUCCUGGAGGAGCUCAGCCGCUACGUGGAGGAGAGGGGCUUCGUCAUGCCCCUGGACCUGGGGGCCAAGGGCAGCUGCCACAUCGGGGGAAACGUGGCGACCAACGCUGGUGGCCUGAGGUUUCUGCGCUACGGCUCACUGCAUGGGACUGUCCUGGGCCUGGAAGUGGUACUGGCCGACGGCACCAUCCUGAACUGCCUGACCUCUCUGCGGAAGGACAACACGGGCUAUGACCUGAAGCAGCUCUUCAUCGGGUCGGAGGGCACACUGGGGGUCAUCACGGCUGUGUCCAUCCAGUGUCCGCCCAAGCCCACGGCGGUGAACGUGGCUUUCGUCGGUUGUCCAGGCUUUGCUGAGGUUUUGCAGACCUUCAGCAGCUGCAGGGGGCUGCUGGGUGAGAUCCUGUCCGCGUACGAGUUCCUGGACGCCGAGUGCAUGCGGCUGGUCACGCACCACCUGCGCCUCACCAGCCCGGUGCAAGAAAGUCCGUUCUAUGUCCUCAUCGAGACCUCAGGCUCCAGAGCGGAGCACGAUGCUGAGAAGCUGAGUGACUUCCUGGAGCAGGUGCUGAGCUCCGGCCUGGUGACGGACGGGACCCUGGCCACGGACCAGAUGAAACUCAAGGCGCUGUGGGCCCUGAGGGAGAGGAUCUCGGAGGCGCUGAGCCAGGACGGCUACGUGUACAAAUACGACCUCUCCCUGCCCACCGAGAGGCUCUACGACCUCGUGCCCGACCUGCGCGCCCGCCUUGGCUCGCGGGCCAAGCACGUGGUGGGCUAUGGCCACUUGGGGGAUGGUAACCUGCACCUCAAUGUGACGUCAGAGGCCUUCAGCCCGUCGCUGCUAGACGCCCUGGAACCCUACGUGUACGAGUGGACGGCCAGGCAGCGGGGCAGCGUCAGCGCCGAGCACGGCCUGGGCUUCAGGAAGAGAGGCGUCCUCAGCUACAGCAAGCCGCCCGAGGCCCUGAGGCUCAUGCAGCAGCUCAAGGCCCUCCUGGACCCCCAGGGCAUCCUGAACCCCUACAAGACGCUGCCCGCUCAGGCCUGACAGGGCCUUUGGGGUCAGCAGGAGAUGCAGGAGGGGCCUUGGCCCGGCUCUGGUUUUGCCUGUCGCGGUGGGCCUGCAGGGUUGGGGUGAGCUCGGGGGUCUCCGUGCCGUAGGGCAGCAGCAGGUGGGGUGGUCCAGCCACCAGUUGGAGGGGCCCAGUCGGCCCCCGGGCGGGAUUCUUCCUGGCUGCCCUGGCAAUCCUGUUGGGCUGUCUGGUCUGCUCUCUCAGUCUCUGCGUGGGCACUGUCCACCCCUCUGCCCGCUGGGAGAGGGCCUCCUGCUGACGUCCUGGGGGGGCCAGUUGGGCAGGGAGACCAGGCCACAUUACGCUCGGCGGUGGGCUGCAGCUGUGGGAGGGGGCAUGCGUGGUCCCGUCACUGGGUCCCCCACGCAGUAUGCGUCCCUGGCAGAGGCGAUGAGCUCCGUGGGAGAGUGUGGGGUCUGUCCCAGAACUCUCACCGAUGGCCUGGGUCACCGGCGGCUUUGGGCCAGAGUGACAGGGAUGGUGUCCGCCCUGUAAGACAUGGUUCCCCCAUUUUCUAGAGGGCCCAUCCAUUGGCAAGCCAGUUGUCAGAGUUAGUCAUUAAGGGCUCACCCUGUUGGUUUGCAGUGAUGUGUCUGCAGAGAUGUGUCUGCACUCCCGCUUCAGCAUCCAACAUCCGUGAGGCCAGGGUGAGAAGCCCCGAUGUGCCCGGGCGGGUGUGUGCCGCGGGACGGCUUCGUGCACACUGCACCCUGACCCGCUCCCCGCUGUUGCCCAGGCCUGGGCCGCUCCUGGGGCUGUGGAGAAGGUCCAGACACGUGCUCUCUCUCGGCUGUAAUGAACGUCCAGUAAAAUGGGAAUUAA